AUGGGCCGGGCAGGAAUAAGGACCGAUCCAUCUAGACACUUCGAGCUGCUCGCGAUCGCCUCUCUCUCUUUUUCUCUCUCCUCGUCGCCGCUACAUGCUGCUCGCUCUCCGCCGGCUGCCGACGCCGCUGCCUGCUCCUGCCGCCGUUGCACUGUGUUGCGCCGCCGGCCGCCGCCUCCUCCACCGGACCAGCACGUCGCCGCACCGCCUGACAGCCCGCGCUCGCCGCCGCCUUGCCGCUGCGCCGCACCAUCGCCCGCCGUGCGCCGCCAUCGCGCCGAGCCGGCUGCCGCUCUCUCUCUCUCUGUGUGGCCUGGCCGAAGAAGCAGGCAGCACCAGCCGGCCGAAGCAGUAGCCAGCAGCGCCGAGCGAAGAGCCAGGAAGAAGAAAGGAAGAAAGAGAAAAGAAAAGAGAAGAAAAAGAAAAAAAGAGAAAAGGAAAAAAGGGGAAGAAAAAAAAAGAAGAAAAAGGGAAAAGUUGGAAAUUUCGGAAUUUUGUCGGAUUUGUCGGCAAUCCUUCGAAGGUGAUUUCUCGAUGGUACUACUUCUGGGCGUUCUUGAUCGAAUUUUCUUCGUCGCUUUUGGUAAAAGGUAUGUUUAGAUGUUGACGUGCAUUUUGGGGAUGGAUCUUGGUAGCUGCACACACUACCUCAUCACCAUGUUGAUAGCUCAACCGGUGUUAUAAGUAGUGUUUUUGGUGGUCUGCCGUUUGCUUGGUUUAUGUUGUGGUACGACGCUGGUAGCGUCGUGAAGAUUUCUAUAUAUAUGCUGGUUAUAUCAUAUACU